AAGAGAAACUUUAAGAACUUUUAUCCCGCGUCAUGUGUCACGCGCAUUAUAAGUGGAGACAAAAGAAAAGGGGAGUGGGAGCAGAGAUGUUGAUGCGUAAAGUUUGGAUUAACUGGAUCAGCACGAGCUGCAAGAAGACAGAGAGCAAGUGGGAGAUGGAGAGAAGAGGAAAGAGCGUGACGUUGACGUGAGGAGAGAUCCAUAAGACGAUGAAGACCCAAAGACAGACAGUGAACACGGGAGUGUGGGGUGGAAACGAGACCAAAGCAGAGAGGACGUAAAGCGGAGGGGACAACCUCCAUAACGGCUGAGUGGAUGAACAGAUGGAUGGAGCCAAGGUGGUGCAGGGAGGACAGGGACGUGUUUCCUCUCCAGUCGGUUCUUCCAAAAGUGUUACAAAGGUGUGUGAGCUGUGAUGGCGUCGUGCUCCGAGGCCUGUGUCUCCGGCUCGGGAGGAGAAUCUUCUGGAAGUGAGGCAGGUUCCAGCUGUCUGCAGUUCGGCGUGCGUUCCUAUCUGCACCACUUCUACGAGGAGUGUUCGUCCUCCAUGUGGGAGAGGGACCCUCAGGACCGGGGGUUCGUCCAGAGCCAGAGAUCGGCCCUUUGUUGGAACUCAGCAGUCUGGAAGGUGUCCUUGGCCGUGGGUCUCCUGAUCCUCACUGCAGGCGUCGCCAGCCUGUCGGUCGGUUACUCCACUCCCCAUAAAAUCGAGUCGUUCGGAGAGGGCGACCUGUUCUUUGUGGACACGCAGGCCAUCGGCUUCAACCGGGGGCUGUAUCUCAGCGCCGCGGCCGGGAUCGGGCUCUCGUGUCUGGGCUCGGCGCUGGCGGUGAUGGGGGUCGUCGUGUGGAUUUUCCCCAGAGCCGACGUGAAAGCGAGGUCGUUCCGCAGCAGGACGGGGGAGAGGGACGGAGGGGGAGGAGGAGAGUCCUGGUCCAAGUGGGGGGGAUUUAGGGAUCGUGUGGACGUGGUCACUCAGCCACCGGGUAUUGAAGAGGGGAAGAUGCCGGUCACGCUGUCAAAAGUGGAAACUGUGCAGCCCACUUCUUAAUUGUUCUUUCUAGACUUUAAUUUAUUAUAGUUUAACAUAAACAGCGUUGGUACAUUUGAUGAUUGACUGAUUUAUUUGUCAUGCACGUUAAAUGUUACGUCCUUAGAUUGUAUCAUAUCAAGGAAAAAAUGACUUUGUUUCGUUGCACUUCGUGAUUUGUUCUUUGUGCCGUGGUUAUUUGUUUGAGAUUCUGUCCGUGGGCGGGGCUUAGAAAGCUUCCUGCUGAUUGGCUACUGAGUUUUGGAGCGACAGCUCGGGCUUGGAGUCGCUGUCUAACGUUUAUAAUUGGAUACUCAGUUCCAGACGGACAGCGACUCCAACCACACAAACAAUAAAAUACACACUAUUUUUGAAUGAUUAAAUUAAUAUUGUAUUUGCUUCUUAAAAAAAUCUUGUUUUAAAAUAUUGACACAAAUCUAAUUCCAUGUAUAACAAAGCUUCCUCGACUAAAGCACAACUUCAGUUUCAUCCAAACAAAGAAAAUAGCACAGAAAAAAAAUGAAUCUCUUACUCACUGCUUUUACCUAGCUAUUACUAAAGGUAUUACAUUAUUAUUACACUAUUACCAUAUUGUUUUUGCACUGUAAUAUCAAGUGUUAUUCUGAAUGAACUAAACAAGUAAUAUUACAGUAACAUAACACAUUACUGCACUUAAUAUGUAGACAAGGUACUUAAAACAUCUAAUUGAUCUCAUUUAUUUGUUGUUUUCAAAUAAUUCCCCUCCAAAAAAAUGUAAAUUCCGUUUAGUAUAAUUGAAUAAAAACAUAUAAAUGAGGCCCCAACACCCUUGUAAAUACAGUGGAGUAAUCAGCGUUGUUUGUGUGGUGCAAUCGUCCCAUAUAUUAGAAAUACUGUACACACCAACACUCACAGAGAGCAGAGUGACCUCCAGGUAUUUUGACUCCUUACACAUGUAAGGAUCACAUGCAGAGCCGGUCAGAGAUUAUUUCUUUUUUCCCUUUUCUUAAAAGUUAAUAAUUCUGCAUGUACAUUUUCACACAUCUACAUUAACGCACACUGUGCUGUGGUGGAAAAACAGUUCCAGUCACAAACAGUCACUCAGCCUUCACCCACCCACACACACACACACACACACACACACACACACACACACACACACAAAUCCGUGCUUCAUUGACAAUAUCACCUAUUUCCUCUCCUCUGUAAUCUGGCUCCAUAAUUGCCUGCAAUAUGUGUCUCCAGGCAACAGCUGGGUUUUAAGUGUUCUAUUUUCACCUCUGAACAAAGACUCUUUUCUCAUUGGUCCCCUCACGUCCCCCCCACCGUAUCGCUCUUUAUUUUUUUACAUGCAGUCAGAUGUUUUGUUUACAGUCAUGUUAUGUGAGUAAGUAUGAAAAGCACAGAGGUGACACCUGUUUGAUUGGGUCCUCUGGUUUAGUUAAAAAUAUGUAGUUUACAUGCACAACUACAAACUAAACGCAAAAACAAUGGACACACAUUUGACUGCACUGGUUCCACUGCAUGUUUCAUGUUUUGACUGUGUUGUUAUUGAUGAUGAAGAUUAAGGAGGAAAAUGAGGGUUAAAACCCCCCAAAAAAACAAUAACCAGAAUAAACUUGUGACCUGCAUACCAAA